AUGUCUAUCGUAAAGGUAAUGGUCACCCACUCGGCGAGCCAGCGAGUGGUGCCGGAGAAGGCGUACGGGCUCGCGCAGACGGUGCAGAGCAUCAAGGAAGAUAUGUACUCACGCUUUGGCACCCCGGCGGAGCAGAUUCGGCUAGAGCUGUACGAUACACGCGACUGCAAGGUGGAGAGCAACAUGAAGGAUGAAAAGCUGCUGGGCUUUUACGGGUGCGAGACAGGUUACCGCAUUCACGUCGUCGAUCUUAGACCUGCUGCGCAGGUGGAUAACUACGAUGACGUGUCGAAGGUGGAGAAGUACGAGAUGACGGACGAGGAGUGGCUUAAGCGGCCCGACAAUGUUCGCGCCUACAAGGAGCGCAUGCUGGCCCUGCAGCGGGAGGAGAUGGCGAAGGCUGGCAUCGAAGUGCCGACCGGGCCGAACGAUGACAGCUACAAGGCGGAGGCGGACACGAUGAGGGUGGGUGACCGCUGCUGCUGCCAACCCGGCGAGCGCCUCGGCACAGUGCGGUACGUCGGACGUGUGGCAACGCUGAAGCCAGGGUACUGGAUCGGCGUCGAGUUUGACGAGCCAGUCGGCAAAUGCGACGGCACAGUGAAGGGGGUGACGCUGUUCGAAUGUAUGCCCCUGUACGGCGGUGUGCUGCGCCCCAAUCAGGUAGAGGUGGGUGACUUUCCUCCCCAAGAGUACUGA